UCCUUCCUUGCACAGUUGCACCCGUGAGGCCGUGGCACUGCAGAAGCAGCCAAACCACCACCAGCUCACGCCUCCCAAGUCCCAAGCGGCGACGCAACGCGAAGGAAGGAGCCCCGAAGCCUCGCCGCGCCUCUCCCGAAAAAUAAACCGCAAAGGCGGCGCCGCGAGCGGUUGCGUUGCGUACUCACCUUGGUCGUCGUCGUCGUUCCCCCGCCGCCUCCGCGUCGCGCACGAGGAGAUAUACGCCCCCCGCGUCGCGGGCUUGGUUGAUCGAUCGAUCGGUUGGUUGGUUGGUUUUGUUGGAUUUUUUUCCUUGGUCGAUCUAGUUGAGAUGGGAGGGGGCCAGUCGAGGAGCCCGCGGGACGGGAGCGGCCACGGGAGGUACGGCCACUCGCCGUCGUUCCAGCAGCAGUGGGGCGGUGGCGGUGGCGGCGGCGGCGGCGGCGGCGGUGGGUAUCCCUAUGGGCAGGAUGCGCAUGGAGGAGGCUACUACGGCGCGCCGGCGCCGCAAGGGGGAUACGCGGCGCCGUACCCGGCUUAUCAGCAGCCGCCGCCGCCGAUGCCGUCCCCAGCGGCGACGCAGCCGCCGGCCCGGGCGGGGGGCGCGUCCAAGCCGCGCCUCGACCGCCGCUACUCGCGGAUCGCCGACGACUACCACUCCGUGGAUCAGGUUACUGAUGCACUAGCUCAAGCAGGACUUGAGUCUUCGAAUCUUAUUGUUGGCAUUGAUUUCACAAAGAGCAAUGAAUGGUUAGGAAAAUUUUCCUUCCAUGGACGCAGUUUACAUCACAUUAGCAAUGCACCUAAUCCGUAUGAACAAGCAAUCUCGAUCAUUGGACAGACACUGUCGAAAUUUGAUGAAGAUAACUUGAUUCCCUGUUUUGGAUUUGGAGAUGCAACAACACAUGACCAAGACGUCUUCUGUUUUUAUCCUGAUUUGAGACCUUGCAAUGGAUUCUCAGAAGCUCUAAGCCGGUACAGGGAACUUGUUCCACACUUGCGCUUAGCUGGACCAACAUCCUUUGCACCAAUCAUUGAGAUGGCAAUGACCAUCGUGGAACAAAGUGGCGGGCAGUACCAUGUUCUGUUGAUAAUUGCUGAUGGGCAGGUUACAAGGAGUGUAGACACUGCAUCUGGGCAGCUGAGUUCACAAGAGCAAAAGACUGUUGAUGCUAUUGUGAGAGCUAGUGAAUUGCCGUUGUCUAUUGUGCUAGUAGGAGUUGGUGAUGGCCCUUGGGACAUGAUGAAAGAGUUUGACGACAACAUUCCUUCUCGUGCUUUUGACAAUUUUCAAUUUGUGAAUUUUUCGGAGAUCAUGAACAAAAACAUGCCCCAAUCAAGGAAAGAGGCAGCAUUUGCACUUUCAGCCUUGAUGGAGAUACCUCAGCAAUACAAAGCAACUGUUGAAUUAGGAAUUUUAGGUCGUCGCUCUUUCAAGUCGCCUGAAAGGGUUCCUCUCCCUCCCCCUGGUGGAAGCCAUGAUGCUUACUCGUAUGGAUCAAAAAGCUUUAGUAAACCAAGUACCUACCCACAGAGUAGUACAUCAUCAUCGUCAUAUCCUCACUAUGAAACUGCACAGAGUUCGAGCCCUGCUGUACCUUCUUCUACUUAUGACAAUCAGGUUUGCCCAAUCUGCCUUGUGAACCCCAAAGACAUGGCGUUUGGCUGCGGACACCAGACCUGCUGUGAUUGUGGGCAGAGCCUCGAAUCGUGCCCAAUAUGUCGCAGUCCAAUCUCCACAAGAAUAAAGCUAUACUAGCAAUGGCAGUUUGGAUCAUUUGCGAAUGGGUGGCAUACUGGAGACCACCUUGUGUCACAUUGGGCGAUGGAUUGUAUUGGAUGCUUCAAGUGCAAUCCAUGCAAAGCCUUUGAACGGCUUGCAGACAAGCCCGUUAAGUACUGGGUUUGCAUCGACAAGGAUCGCAAGGCCAGCAAUCCACUGCUCCAAGAUUGUGGAGCAGGGGAUGUCUCAAGUAUUGAAACCCACUAGGAAUGAUCCGAACUCCAGUGCAAGAAGUGGGUUGAUAAAAUAUUCUAACGAAUUGAAGAAAAGAAAGAAAAGGAGAAAUCCUGAUGGAUCGAACAGGAGUCUGUCUGAUUAGUCGAACAUUUGUACAUAUCGCGAUGUUGGUUUCGUCACCGUGGCCGACAUAAGUUUUAGAGGAUUCGUUUUCCAGUGCCGUCUUCAUGCAAGAUUUGUUUGUUUAUUCAUGCGUUUUUGUAAAGAUUUGCAGUUUUCGUAUAUGAUUGAAAGUGACUUUUUUUGGUGCCA